AUGCGGCCGCGGGCUUCGGCCUUACCCGGCUCCCGGCGGCGCGGGGGGGCGGGGGGGGGGGGGGGCACCUCCCGGUCUCGGGCUCCUCCAGGCUCCCCCGGCUACGCCGUGCCGGGCGGGGGGGGGGGGGGGGGGGGGGCCCUGGGGUGUCCUAACCCCACGGGGCCUACGCUCCCAUCGGGGGGGGGGGGGCGUUUCCGAUUCUCCGGGACGCGCGGCCACCCGGACUUAACCCCCGUGAGGGGGGGGGGGGGGGGGGGGCGGGGGGGGCACUCCCCGUGGAUACAGACGGGGGGGAGGGGGGGGGGGAGCGGGGGGCGGGGGCGCGUCCGGGGGGUAGGCGCUCGGCGGGGUCUUCCUCUGGCCUCACGCGGUUCUCCUCCUGCCCCGCGGCCGGCUCCUUUGGGGGGGGGGCAGUUUUGCGGGGGGGAGUCUUUUGAGCGGAGAUCCAAUCGGUCGGCUGUUCGCGGGUCGCGGGGCAUCAUUCUCUUCGGGCGGGCAGGCGCCGGGUCGGCCGAAAAGCGGGGCCGGCCGGUCCUUAUCCGGCCCGGCCCAGGGGUGCACGUCGCGGGCCCCUCCCCCCGGCCGCGGGGGGGGGGCGGGGCGGAGUCACCGAUCGGAGGUCGCUCCCCUCAUCCCGGCCCGGGGGAAGGCCGGGUUCGAUGGGGCACCGCACGCGGCGCGGCGGACGGCGGGGGCGGAUCCGCCGGCGGGCGAGAGCGGGGGGGGGAGGGGGGGGGGCGGGUGGGGGGGGGGGGGGGGGCUUCAUCGCGGCCGACGAGGGGGGUUCGCCGACAUCCGGCCCUCGCGGUCUCCGCGGGGGAGGGGGGGGGCCCUCCCCGCGGGCACCGUCGUGAGCCAGGGCCGAACACUGCUAUUCAGGGCGGGGGUGGUGUGUUCACUGUUCCCCCUCGCCGAGGCGGCUGGGACGGGGGGGGGGGCACUCCCCCUUCCGCCCCCUAUGUCCGGCGGCUGGCCUCGCGGGGCGGGGGGGGGGGGGGGGAGGCUUCGGGGGGGGGGGGGGGGGGGGUUGCUCCCGUAGUGGCAGGGGGACACCGGGGGGAGGUUAAUCUGCUUCCGAGAGGGGCGGUUCGUCACACACGUACUGCGGUUCCCCCCGGUGCCGGGGGGUCACCGCCGGGGGGGGGGGGGGGGCAGGGUGCCCGGUCGGGGGGCGGGGCGGGUCCCUGGCGAGAUAGGGGCCCGUUCCUCCCCCACCGUCUUGGCUCCCCACAAUUCCUAUAUCCCCCAUUCCAUCACCCCGUACUCCCAACAUAA